CUGACAAUGACACGGAGGAAUACCAAAGACAUUUUAAAAUGGCACUGUACAGUUGUUUGUCAGUUACCCUAACAUUUGCUUUAUUAGUUUUGUCCAUCGCUUGUGAAUAACAUGGGCCCGAUGUUGCUUGCGUAUUCACCAUUUGAACACCGGGCGAUUUAAUCAUGGAUUUCGUUCUCGGCGGCGCAUCUGCGUGCGGUGCUUGCUUAUUCACAAACCCGUUGGAGGUUGUGAAAACUCGGAUGCAAUUGCAAGGAGAGCUCAAGAGCCGAGGAACCUACCAAGUUUAUUAUAGGAAUGUAUUUCACGCGUUUUACACGAUAGGUAAAAUAGAUGGACUGACUGGUCUACAGAAAGGUUUGGUACCCGGGCUGGUGUAUCAGUUGUGCAUGAAUGGGGUCCGGCUGGGCUCUUACGCCACCAUCGAGUGCUUGGGAUACAUUCACACGGACGGAAGGGUCUCCGCUGCGAAGAGCACACUGGCCGGGGCCGUUGCCGGUGUCGUGGGUGCUGUCAUGGGAAGCCCGAUUUACCUGGUAAAGACACAUUUACAGAGUCAAUCCACUUCCUCUAUUGCAGUAGGGCACCAGUAUAAGCAUCAGGGAAUGAUGCAUGCACUGUUCGCCAUCUACAGACAGCAUGGCAUUUUGGGUUUGUGGAGGGGGGCAAGUGCAGCAGUGCCAAGGGUUAGUGUGGGGUCAGCUGCUCAACUCUCCACUUUUUCUGCUUCUAAAGAGCUGGUCACUGACACACAGUUAUUCUCUGAGGGCAGCUGGUUAAUAGCUCUGAGUGCUGGAAUGAUCAGUAGUGUAGUCGUUGUAUUAGCUAUGACGCCGUUUGAUGUAGUCAGCACUCGCCUCUACAACCAGCCUGUGGAUCAUCUCGGCAAGGGUAUAUUGUACCGAGGUUUUGUGGACUGUUUCUCUAAGACACUGAAGAAUGAAGGCAUGACUGGUCUAUAUAAAGGUCUCGGAGCUUCAUACUUCCGACUCGGGCCUCAUACCAUCCUCUCCCUGCUCUUCUGGAACGAGCUGCGCGCUUUAUACCACAGUUAAAGCUAGCGUCUCGCAACAUCCUGAUGUGGGCAUGCCAGUCAGCAAAACAUCAUCUCUGUAUUCCUGAUCUGCUGGUUAAAGUAAUCAGGGGCCCGAGCACCGAUGGUGCAAGGACCCUAUUGUUCUAGGCUUUUAUUUUUUUUUUCCACAAAUGAAUCGCAUUUUUUAGGGCCUAAACAUACUUAAACUCAUGAAACUUCGCACACGCAACAGAAGUGGCGAAAAUGUACAUCUGAUAUGGGUUUCAGAAUUAGGUGUGGCAAAAUGGCUCGAUAGCGCCACCUACAAACUUUCAACGAUGUGCGCUUUAUGCUAUGUUUCACCUACACGUACAAGAAUCGGUACACAUGUAACAUGCCAGUACCUACAAAAAAGUCUCUUUGACCCAUGCCCUAAAGUCAGCCAUUUUUAUUUUUCUCUUCAAUUUUUGCUCAGUUAGCCAGUUCCAGGCCUCGUACUUUAACAAACUCCUCCUAGAGAUUUCAUUAGACCUUCUUCAUAUAUGGUUAUUCUAAUUUAAAGGCCUUGGCGAUGCUAAAUUGCGACGCUUUUGAGUUUUCACUGUACGGCGUAGCGGUGACAGUCUGCCAAAUUUCGAUGUUUUGCCAUGAAACAAGAAGUUGUUAUAACUCAUACAUACAAGGACAGAUUGGACAAAAACUACACAUGUUUGAUAACAGUCCCGGCCUGAAUACACCUACAUGCCAAUAUUCAGUUAUAGUCAUAGUGCCACCUACUGGCAACAGGAAAUGACAUGUUUUACACUGUGAUACACUCUUAAGGACAUUUAAGUGCUAAAAAAUGCAAAAAAAAAUUGGAGUGACAUUCCCCUGGCACAGCAGCCCCAACAUGCACCAGAGUGCGAGGGCCCGUUCAUCACUGCUUGCAGCUUUAAUUUAAGAUUGUUCUUGAAGUUUAAAGCCUUAUCCAGUAUUUGAGAUAUAAAUGUUUCAUAUUUUACUAAGCUCUAGACAAACAAUAGGGGCAUUUUUUUUAAAGAUGGAUUGUCUUAUCUGAUGAGCCAGAAUUUGAAAGACACAUAAAAAAAAGGUUUUAAAACAGCCCUUGAAGAGGAGACUGAUAAUUAAUAAGAACUAGAUUUAGACAUUUCUUGAAGGACAAACCAGUGCUUACAAGGCAGCAAAAGAAUAAUGUAAAAGAUUUUAAGUAGGGGUGCACCGAUAUAUAUAAUGAGGGGUUUAAUUGGCCGAUACCGAUUUUAACAAAAAUGUUACCUUAUUUUGUCAUCAAAUCACUGUUUUGCUUAGGAAUUAUGCUUUAAAAAAUAUAAAAAGAGGUACAAAAGCUCUUUUAUUGUUAUAACAAAUUCCUUCCAUUGAACAUGGAUUGGCUCUGUUGGACACAUGACAGGCUAAAAUUGUAAAAGAGCCACAAUUAGAGAUAAAUACAAGAUUCUGUGUUCUGGGUGGUUGGGCUGUUAUGAGUGGUUGCUAGGUGAUUGCUUACUGGCCCAAGUCAGAAGAGCUCACCUCCAAGCCAUGAUACUAUAUUGCCAAAAGUUUGUGGACACAUGAACAGCAACAUUCAUGUGUGCUUGUUGAACAUAAAAUUUCAAAACCAUAGGUAUUAAUCCCACUCUUUGCUGCUUAAACAUCUUCCACUCUUCUGAAAAUGCUUUCCACUUGAUGUUGGAAUGUAGCUGCAUGGAUGUGCUCCCAUUUAGACAUAAGAGCAUCAGGGAGGUCAGUCACUGAUAUUGGGUGAUGGACUCUGGCUCGCGGUUGGCAUCCAGUUUAUCCCAGAGGUGUUCAGUUGGGGUCUAGGCCAGUAAAGUUCUUCCACACCAGCCUCAGUACAUUAUUUCUUUAAGGACCUUGUUUUGUCAUGCUGGAAAAGGGCCCUCCCUAACUGUUAAACCAAAGUUGGAAGCACACAGUUGUUUAGCUUUAGCAUUAAGAUUUCUCUUCACUGGAAUUAAUGGAAUAGCCAAACAUGUUAAUUGAAAGGGAGUGUCCACAAACUUUUGGCCAUGUAGUGUAUUCUGCUCCCUAGAUAUGGCUUGGGUCCCUCUUCAAUGUAAGUAUAUUGGUCUUCAAUAAGCUGCACAACACAAGGUAUAUUUCAUAGAGAGUUUGUUUUAAAUGGUUAGAAAAAAAAAUUAAAAUCAAAUGCCCCUUGAUAUAAAGCUUAAUUUCAAAAUGUAGUUAAACCAGAGUUCAAUACGUUGUUCAAACUCCUAAGAAUGAGCAAUAGUCAAAUUGAUGGGUGUAGAAGCAAAAAAAAAAAAAAAAAAAAUAAA